GCCCUCGGCGGCCGUUGGAAAAUGGCGACUGUCGCCGAGCUGAAGGCUGUAUUAAAGGACACCUUGGAAAAAAAGGGUGUACUAGGGCAUUUAAAAGCAAGGAUCCGAGCUGAAGUUUUCAGUGCCCUGGAUGAUGAAAGUGAACCCCGACCACCGUUGUCUCAUGAAAACCUCCUAAUUAAUGAAUUAAUUCGGGAGUAUUUGGAAUUCAACAAAUAUAAGUAUACAGCAUCUGUCCUCAUAGCCGAAUCUGGUCAACCUGUUGUUCCACUGGACAGACAGUUUCUCAUCCGUGAAUUAAAUGCAUUUGAAGAAUCAAAGGAUAAUACGAUACCUCUUUUAUAUGGAAUUCUAGCUCAUUUCUUGCACGGAAAUAAGGAUGGCAUCCAAAAUGCAUUUCUGAAAGGAUCUUCACUUCAACAUCCAAGCCCUCUGGCAGACAACUAGUAGAAGAAAGCAAACAGAUGAUCACCUAGGAAAGGGGAAGGGAAAAAAUACUAAUAUUGAAGAUCUUCAUGUUUCUCAAGCAGUGAAGAGAUGAAGCUUCCAUUUGGGGCAUCUCUUAUCUUAAAAUUGUGUGUGUUAAAUAAUUUAUUGAUUGUUCCAGUGUUACCAAAAUGCAAAAUUAAGCCUCUCAUGUUUUUCUGCAUUUGUGAAUAAAAUCUACUCUGUAAUCUAGCUUAUUUGAUUUGACUUGAAAGAAAAAAAAAAUAUAUAUAUAUGUUUUAAAAGAUCCUUAAAUUUGUGAGAAAUGAAAGAUUUUUUAGUACUCUGUACAUUCCUCUUAAAAAAAUACAUGUCUGUAAAACUCUGUGCUCUUUGACAUGGCACAUUAAUUAAAUUUCUUUCAGCUAGAGUCAUGUGGAUUUGUAGGAAAAUUCAUUUAUAUUUUUAAGAAACAUUUAAGGGAACAUUAAAAACAACAACUAUAAUUUUGAUAAAGUUUGAUUUUUUUAACUGGCUAUUUUUUCAGAUAAUCAUUUAUAAUUAGGUUUAAAUAUCUGAAUUACUAUCUAAAGUUGAACUUUUAAACUGGGUAAGAAUGUACGUUUUCUUUCCUUAGACCAUUUGGCUUCUGCUGGAAGAUUUAAUUAAAAGGUAAAGGGGGAAAUAAUUCUUUUAAUUUUGCUGUAAGUAAAACAAAGAAUUUAUUUUAUUGUAUAAAGAAUGUGAAAUAAGCAUGAAGAGACAGGCUUUCGGAGAAAUACCAGAAAGUACCUUUUAAAAGAUGGCAUUGUUCAACCUCCACAUGGCCUUCAGUUGUGCAAUUACAAAAUGAACUAUGAGAGAGCCAACCCCUACUUAUUUGGACUCUGAAAGACUUAUUAAAUAUCAAUUUUCAUUCUUAGAAUUGAAAAAUGGGAUGAGCUCUUACAGUGCUAUCACUUUGAAAUUUAUUAAAUAAAUUUUUAUAAUGGAGAAUCUAUAGACUCAUUUCACUAAAAAUAUCUGACUGUAAUAGCAGACAUCUCCUGACUGGCAAAAGUCACAUGGCAUAUUCAGAAUAAAACUUUGCAUGGAUACCUGUACACUAACAAUGUUUAGCUUAAAUCUUUUCCAGAGGUAAGUGUGAUAAAGGCUGUAAUGGGUGAAAAGGACAUUCUUUGUAGGAUAUUGAUUCUGUACAGUCUUUGAUAAUUAUUGAAACUUUAAUUUUUUAUAUUUGGUGAUGUUAGUGUUCAGGCUUUACAGAUUAAGCAAGAAUUUUAUCUGAAUGCAGAAAAUUAUUAAAGAAAUCCCCUUAAACCAUACAAGUCAAAGGAUUUUGAGAGGCCUUGUUGGUGGGCUAAAAUUGUAUAUAUAAAUGCACAAGCAUUAUAAGGGUCCAUUUCCAUUUUUAAAUGAAAUCUGUACUGUAUGACUACAAUUAUGAAUUCCAUUAUAUUUGUGAACAUAAAUAUCAGAAUUCUUCCCAGCGGAUGAGGUAGACAUCCAAGGAUGUUGCAGUAGAUAUUUAAGUUUAUCCCAGGAAUUGCAAUCAUGUGGGAUACUGAUGUAAAAAUCAUAAAAUGGAUGCUAACAGAAUUGUCACAUGUAGUCCAUAGUGCUUUUAUAUGCAUUAUUUUAUAACUUGUACCCAGGCAACUUUUAUAUUUUCAAUGUAUUAUUUAAUAAACAAA